AUGACCUCUCGGACCCCAAUGGGCGUCCAGCCGCGACCGCCCCAGCAGCGAACUCUGAGCAGCUCCGGCUUGUCGGUCCAACGGCCAACCCAUCAACGCACUCUAUCAGCCCAGUACCUACCUCAGUCGCCUGUUCGCAAGGAGAACCUGAUCGACCUCACUGGCGAUGCCAACGAUGUCGCCGCUGCUCAGAACAGAUAUGGCACCCUGCCGCGGAGGGGAGGCUCUCGCCUCAAGCUCGAGUUGUCCAACGACGCCAUGCUGCCCCAACACCCCAUCAACGACUCUCCAAAGACCCUCACCCCUUCUCGCCUCAUGCCAAAGAACGAAACCUCCAAUCUUACCGAUAUGAGCUCUCCCGCCUCUACCAAGGGCCACCCUAUCGACGCAGAUAACCCUCCCAUGCCCAUGCCGAAACGCCGACCGAGAUUCGUCGUGCCCGCCGCCAUCAAAGACUCACCCACGCCCGUCGUCGCGAUCAAGAAGGACGGCCGCCCGAAGCCCUACCACCUCGAGACUCCUGCCACCGCCCCUCGAUAUGCGCCCUUCGGCAAGCCCCGGGGUGACGCGACGACGAAGCAAGGGUUUGGCGCCUCGGGUAUUGCGCGCGAUUCUCAGGAUAUGGGCUACGCAGACUUCUUCCCUUGGACUGGCAACCACCCCGAAGACCAGUGGUCUGAGACCAUCAUCAAGAAUGGCUACUUUGAUAAACCUCCCGCUACCACCACCGAGACCUCGUCCGCCAAGGCCGCCUUGUUCCCUGCCUUGAAGCACAAGAGUGGACUGAAUCUGCUCUCUAAUAUUUUCGUCGGCGUCCUGAACCAGAGGAAACUUAAUGGCCAGAUCUCGUCGCCCUCGACGUUUAAACCACCGCCGCGUGUUACCCUUACCGACACCAAGCGUGAAAUGUGGUUGAGAGACCUGGCGAAUCCCUCCAUAUCGUUGCGCCGCCUGAGCCGAACCAUUCCCCACGGUAUCAGGGGCAAGGUGCUUCUGGACCACUGCCUGAACAAGAACGUCCCGACAGAAAGAGCUGUAUGGUUGGUUAAGUGUGUUGGCGCCAACGAAAUUCGAGCGUUCAAGAGGAAAGGAAACGGCCCCUUCGUUCUGGGAGGCGAGGCCAAGUGGUUGAGAGAUUGGACGGUAUUCGUCGAGCAGUUUGUCGAGGGAGUCUCCACGGCCUUUGGCGAUAACGAAUGGAAAGCCAAGGUCCAAUAUGCUAUCCGGCUAGCAACACAUUUAUACGCCGAACAUCUCGUAGACCGCGAUCACUACAUGGACUGGCUUGUGUCUGGCUUGGAAAACUCCACCCAGUCGAAGUUGCCCAUGUGGAUUUUGAUUACACAGAUAUACUGGAAAGACUUGCUCCGCUUGAGACGAUACGGCCGCAGACUAGUCAAUGCACUUCUCAGCCAUCUCAACACGAUCCAUAACGACCCCGAUCGAGAUAUACUCAUACAACUAUCCAUGAGACUAACAUCCCUACUUAUUCCCCUUCUAUCAUCUCACCCGGACAACUUCGUGGCGCCCUCCACUUGGUUCAAAUACAGGGAUGCCCUCCUCGCUUCUAUCCAGAUCGACAAUGAGUUUGCGCAGAACGCAUACCGGUCGAUCAACACGAGGAACGAGCAGUUGGUUGCCUCGGCUAAUAACUCCCAGCCGGCAAACCGACAAAUACUCGUAAGGCAUCUUGACACGACAUUUCAGACUUUGUACGCCCCCGAUUUGGCUGCUCAAUGCUGGGCCGUCAGUGAGGACAAGGGCAUGAUUGUAAGGACCCUGUUGGAAUGGUGCACGUCGCCUCAUCGGCCGGGUGCCGCCAAGGUCUACAUCACUGCUAGCCUCCUGCGAACCUGGAUCCCAACAGGCUUGGAUGUCACUACUGCUAUUCUCGAGUUCCUGAGCCACAACCCACCGAUGGAGACAAACGCGAAGAAGACGUUCCACAAGCUCGUGUCAGAGAUCGUGCGUAGCGGAGAUUUCCAGUUUCAGGGAUACAUAUUCUGGUUGAUUGCAAGGGGUGGCCUGAGGAAGCCUUCCGACACCGAUGCUGAAGGCUCGUGCGCGACGAGGUUGUUGGUGGAUCUACCAUUACACGCACUCAACUCGUCUUCCCUGGCCACAAGGGCAAGUCUGCUUCGACGCGCAUCAUACGACGUAAACGACGAGGCCGAGGAUAUCGAGACAGCGUUGAAAUGCAUUCAACAUGCAUUGGGGCUUCCUCUUCCCCCGGGGGAUCCGAUUCUUCAGCGGAAACCCGUGCCGUUGAGCAAGCUCUGCCGGCUGAUCGCUAACAGUAACCGAGCUCUUCAAACCGAAGUUGGAGCCAGGCUCUUGCAGAUCUUCACGACGGAGAUCGUUAUGACGAAAAACGGACCACAGGUCUCCGCACCAAUGUUUAACCUCGCUCGAGCCGUUCUCGAGGCGGCGUCCGACUACUCGAUGCUUGCGGAGAUCGUCAAAGUGGUCAUCCGUGUAUCGAACCCCGAUCUUCUCGCCUCUUGCGCCGACACAAUCAACGUUCACCUACCUAUUUUUGCGGCUUUGGGCUUGGCAAAGGAACUAUUCGAUGUGUUGAUGGAGAGACUGAAGGUCGUGGGUGAAGAGCAAGGCAUUGCGGCCCGGCCCCUCCUAGCAUCUUUGGCGAACCUCGCGGCUCGAUUACCCGGCCUGACGAACACGGCUGCCCACCUACGCAAGGAGCUACACCAGUGUGAUCGCAACACUGCGAUCGACGCCUGCUCACCCGUAUCCGAUAACAUGGCUGCACAGCUUCAGGAUGCUGAGGGCGAGUUGCACGAAGAAAUCGAGAAGCUGCUGACGAGUGGAUCGAGCGUCGACCGACCGACCAUGGACCGUCUUUUCCAGACCGUUGUUGGCCGAUUGGAAUCUUCAUGGGCAAACUCGCCGGAGCGACAGCGUGCCUACAGUGCCCUUCUCGGAAGACUGCGCAUCUUUGAUACCCAGCAUUUCGAUCUACGUAUGACUGACUGGGUGCAUCACGUUAGCACACUUAAGGCUCGUCCUGGGCUUGCAGAUAUCUACCCUCUUCUUAUUAGCAUUGGCUGCUUAACUUUGCCCAUCCUAUUGACCACCACGACAGUCGAUGCAAGCAGAAUCGCAAGCAAUCCCUCGGCACAGGUCAACAACACGACUACUUACAUGCAAGAGGUUCUUCAACUUACCACCAUGCCCCUUGCACCGAAGACGGCCUUGACCCCUGAAGAAUCGUAUCGCUUUUACAUUCAACAGCGAAUGGCGCCCCGCCAAAGCCACAAGGACAUGGUCGUUCUCGUGAGAAAUGCCUUGGUCGAGUAUUCACGUCUCCAGAGCCAGUCCGGCUUGACCCUUCCGCUUGCGAACCCGAAUUUUAAGAACUCCAUGUUGGAACUCCUGAGGACGUUGGUCUUGCUAGACGCCCCUGCAGUGGUGCAGGCCUUGGGUAUCAAGACGCCCGAGCCGGCUUUGGUCGGCAUAUUUGCCCAGGUCACAACCAAGCUUCUGGUGCCUGGAGCCGACGACGACGCGCCGCUUUCGUUCGAAACCGUGCUGGAACUCGCCAACGAAUUCACUCUCCCUUUCUGCCAAGUCAAGCUGUCCAUCGGCCUUCCGGCAGAUACCACGACGAGUCCUGGAGGGGGGGAGCAGGCUAUGUCACAGUUUGACAUGUUUUCGAGGGCCAUGGACCGAGCUGUGUCUGCGAAUAACGUCAUGUGGACGAGCAUGCUGCCGUAUCUCAACGAGGAGGUUACGGAACACCUCAAGAGACAGGCACACCUGCGGUUCUUGGGCUUGUUCCCCUCACAGAAGAACCCGCCAUCCUCAGACCCCCUUUCUGAGGACAGCAUUCAGCUGGCGGGAAGCCUGCUGUCGGUUGUAGAAGCGAUUGUCCGCGGUCGCCCCGCACCGAGAACGUCGCAGCUCACGUCCGGCAUGGUUGAGAAGCUGACGGAGUUAUGGGAGAUACUGGCUGCUCGUGGCGAUGAUAAGCGGGAGCUUCGCACCUCUAUCCUGAGGCACUGGCUCCCGGCACUGCUGCGGUUCAUCACACUCCAUACGAACGCGAACGAGCCGGUGGCCGGUCCAAGCCAGAGUGCUAAUAUGAAGCCGCCAACCAGCGCCGCUGCCUUCGAGAUCCGCGGGCGAAUCCUCAUUGUCCUAUCCGGCCUCACCCUUGAGCUCGACAACCUCGCUCUCGAAAACUCACAAGCCGGCAGGCUCCUGGGUCAGCAAAUAUUCGACCUCGCUCUGUUGCUCGUCGACAGCCUUCCAGAAGAAACACGCCUGCAGUGCGUGCGAGUUCUGCUGACAGGCGGUACCACACAGAGCCCGGCAUCGUCCGACGCUCGUCUCCGAUACCUGUUCAGCCAGAUGCCCCCACCGACGGAACAGUUCGUGCUUGCCCACCGACAGCAACCGGCCACACAACCAACCGGUCCACCAAGACCAAAGAUUCCGAUUUCGAUGCAAGGAACCGACAAGCUCACGCCAUUCGUGUUCCGGAAAUGGGAGAUGCUCAGCGAGCCAACACCCAACGUUGGAGAAAACGACACGGCUCUGAGUCUCACAUUAUUCGAGGCCAUAAAAAUUCAGUAA